UUGUUUCACUUAUCAUUGCUCAUUAUUGUGUCAAUAUUAUUUGAAGAUAAAAGAAAAAUUGGACAACAAAUACCAUCUAUGAUUCCUGCAAUUAAUGGUUUCAGUCGAACCAUUGGUAACGUGAAAGUUCAGAACUCCUUUGAAAAGCUCAACAAGGAGUCACAUCCACGUUCUUCAUUUUAACAGUAUAAGGACAAGUAGAUCUUUGACAUCAUGCCGCCAAAAAAGUCUAUGGAAGAGACUGAUCGGUUAACCCGUAUUGCUAUUGUAAAUUCAGACAAGUGCAAACCUAAAAGAUGUCGACAAGAAUGCAAAAGAUCUUGCCCUGUAGUAAGAAUGGGGAAACUUUGUAUAGAAGUAACUCCAUACAGUAAGAAGGCAUCUAUUUCUGAAGAAUUGUGUAUCGGAUGUGGUAUUUGCGUGAAGAAAUGUCCAUUUGAAGCCAUUUCCAUUAUCAAUCUUCCUAGUAAUUUAGAAAAAGAAACGACGCAUCGUUAUUCCAAGAAUUCAUUUAAAUUACAUAGACUUCCUAUACCACGUCCUGGUGAAGUGUUAGGUUUAGUCGGUACGAAUGGUAUUGGAAAAUCCACGGCCCUUAAAAUCUUGGCAGGAAAACAAAAACCAAAUUUAGGUCGAUUUUCUGAUCCACCGGACUGGACAGAAAUAUUAGGUCAUUUCAGGGGGAGCGAAUUACAAAAUUACUUUACCAAAAUUCUUGAAGAUGAUUUAAAGGCUCUCAUUAAACCUCAAUAUGUAGAUCAAAUUCCUAAAGCAUUAAGAGGAACUGUUCAACAAUUUUUAGAUAAAAAAGAUGAAUGUAAAAAUCAAGUAGAAAUUUGUCAAAUGCUGGAUUUAAUGCAUAUACUUGAUAGAGGUGUCGAGGCUCUUUCAGGAGGAGAACUUCAACGUUUUGCUUGUGCUAUGGUGUGCAUUCAAAAUGGUGAUAUUUUUAUGUUCGAUGAACCGUCUUCAUAUUUAGAUGUUAAGCAACGUCUCAAUGCAGCUGUAGCUAUCCGAUCUCUAAUUCAUCCAGAUAAAUUUAUAAUCGUGGUAGAGCACGAUUUAUCUGUAUUAGAUUAUUUGUCCGAUUUUAUAUGUUGUUUGUAUGGCGUUCCCGGUGCUUAUGGUGUCGUUACUAUGCCUUUUUCCGUACGAGAAGGUAUAAAUAUAUUCCUGGAUGGGUUCGUUCCUACGGAAAAUUUGAGAUUCCGUGAGGAAUCUUUAGUUUUUAAGGUUGCUGAAAGUGCAACUGAAGAGGAAGUUAAGCGUAUGAACCAUUAUGAAUAUCCAGCUAUGGUCAAAACCAUGGAUUCUUUUACAUUGCAUGUAGAAAAAGGACAAUUCACGGAUUCGGAGAUUCUUGUACUAUUAGGAGAAAAUGGAACUGGAAAGACAACAUUCAUUAGAAUGUUAGCAGGAAAUUUACCUCCUGAUGAUGGAUCAGGAAGUAUUCCACAAUUGCAUAUAAGUUACAAACCACAAAAGAUCAGUCCUAAGUCUCAAGGUGUUGUGAGACAAUUGCUACACGAUAAGAUUAGAGAUGCUUACAUUCAUCCUCAAUUUGUAACCGAUGUGAUGAAACCAUUGAAAAUUGAUGACAUCAUGGAUCAAGAAGUACAAAAUUUAUCUGGUGGUGAAUUGCAACGUGUUGCCAUGGCUCUUUGUCUUGGUAAACCAGCAGAUGUUUAUUUGGUCGACGAACCUUCAGCAUAUUUAGAUUCCGAACAACGUUUGGUAGCUGCUAAGGUUAUUAAAAGGUUUAUAUUACACGCAAAGAAAACAGGAUUUGUAGUAGAACACGAUUUUAUUAUGGCAACUUAUUUAGCUGAUCGUGUUAUUGUAUUCUCUGGUACACCUUCUUUGAAGACGACUGCACAUAGUCCGCAAUCUUUAUUGAAUGGUAUGAACAGAUUCUUAGAAUUAUUGGGUAUUACUUUCCGAAGGGAUCCUAAUAAUUUCAGACCACGAAUUAAUAAGAGUCAAUCAGUUAAGGAUUUAGAACAGAAAAGAGCUGGACAAUAUUUCUUCUUGGAAGAAUAAAAAGGAAAUGUUGCCGUUCUUGUAUACGAAUUGAAUAGCAACAUAUGCAAGAUAACAUUAAGAUAUUUCGGUGGACUUUAUACUUUACACGCAUUGGUAAAAAAUAUCUUAGAUCGUCGUGAUAAUUCUUACAAUAACAAUAAUAAUAAUAAUAAUAAUUGCAUUUUAUGCGAAGAGAUGUGAGACGUUUUAUUUUCCAAUUGAAAAAAAUAAUUUUCUUGUACGUCUUACCAAACUUUUUUCAUUAA